CCAUUGUGUGACGAGUGACGUAUUGUGUACCUGUGCGCACCGCACUCCGCGCUCCCGCAGUCGUUUAACUUGAAGAAAGAAAUUCUGUUGUGGCGCAGAGCCUCAAUACCGUAGAUAUUGAAUAAACCGAACCUUAUCAGCUGUGGGGUGUGCUGUGAUUUAUUUUAUAUUCGCAUUAUAUUUUUAUACGAACAUAUUAGUGUAAGUGAACAGUGGAAGCGGCUUGUUGAACAAGUAGCGGGUUUCAUGUGAUUUGUUUUUGUGGAUUUACGAAUUGUGACGAUGGCAGAUAACUCAAAAUUGACCGAGGAAGAGUUGACAGAGAUCAGGGAGCAGUUUGCACAGUUGGACACAAGCGGCAACGGAUACAUUGACUUGAAGGAGUUGAAGGAUGCUCUCGACGGUGUCGGAUACAAAAUUCCACAAUGGAAGGUCCGCUGUAUGAUAGAAGAGUACUACGACAACGGCGGCAAGCACGGCCGCGGCGUCAACGGCAGCAUGAACGGUGACGCGCGCGGGAACGGAAUGUCGCUCGCCGAGUUCGAGGACCUCUGCGCCAACCUCAAAGCACAACAGGUUGCCAGCACAUUCAAACAGGCGGUAAGCAAAAAAGAAAAUCUGGAACAUUUGGGCGGCAUGAGCGAAGCGUCCAGCGAUGGUACGACCCAUUCAGUCCGCCUGGAGGAACAGAUGGCGUUCUCCGGCUGGAUCAACAGUAACCUGGAGCAUGACCCUGACCUGAAGCAUCUGCUGCCGAUCGACCCUGAAGGCAAGCAGCUCUACGAGAAACUCAAGGACGGACUUAUAUUGUGCAAAGUGAUAAACCACUCGUGCCCGGACACGAUCGACGAGCGCGCCAUCAACAAGAAGAACCUGACGCUGUACACGAAGCAUGAGAACUUGACGCUGGCGCUCGUCUCCUCGCAGGCCAUCGGGUGCAACAUCGUCAAUAUCGACGCGCACGAUCUGGCUAAAGGCAAGCCGCACUUGGUGUUGGGGCUGCUGUGGCAGAUCAUCCGCAUCGGACUCUUUAACCAGAUCACGCUGGAGCACUGCCCCGGACUCACCGAGCUGCUCAACGACCAGGAGCGCAUCGAGGACCUGCUGGCGCUGUCCCCCGAGGCGAUCCUGCUGCGCUGGGUCAACUACCAGCUGCAGAGCGCCGGCGUGACGCGCCGCUGCACCAACUUCCAGCAGGACGUCGCCGACUCCGAGAUCUACUCGCACCUGCUCAAGCAGAUCGCGCCGCAGGACGCCGACGUCACUCUCGACGCGCUCAGGGAAACGGACCUGCUCCGUCGCGCGGAGAUCAUGUUGCAACAGGCGGCCAAGCUGCGGUGCCGCGCCUUCGUGACGGCCGCCGACGUCGUCAACGGCGUCUACAAACUCAACCUGGCGUUCGUCGCCAACCUCUUCAACCAGCACCCCGGCCUGCAGCGGACCGACACCGCCGAGGAGUACCACCAGCUCGACGAGACCAGGGAGGAGAAGACGUACCGCAACUGGAUGAACUCGAUGGGCGUGGCGCCGCACGUGAACUGGUUGUACUCGGACCUCACCGACGGGCUGGUCAUCUUCCAGCUGUACGACAUCAUCAAGCCCGGCAUUGUCAAUUGGAAGAAGGUGCAUCGCCAGUUCUCGAAGCUGCGCAAGUUCAUGGAGCGGCUCGAGAACUGCAACUACGCGGUGGAGCUCGGCCGCCAGCUCGGCUUCUCGCUCGUCGGCAUCGCCGGCGCCGACAUCAACGAGGGGAACGCCACGCUCACACUCGCUCUGAUCUGGCAGUUGAUGCGAGCGUACACUCUGUCCGUGCUGACGAGACUCGCCAACACCGGCAACCCCAUCAUCGAGAAGGAGAUCGUGCAGUGGGUCAACAACAAGCUGCAAUCCGCCGGCAAGACCUCUUCUAUAAGGAGCUUCCAGGACGAGGUGUUGGCUGACGGUAAGGUGGUGAUAGACUUGAUAGACGCCAUCAAACCUGGCUCCAUCAACUACGAUCUGGUGUUACCCGGCGGUAACGAGGAGGAGAACCUAGCGAACGCGAAAUACGCGAUCUCAAUGGCUCGACGCUGCGGCGCGCGCGUGUACGCGCUGCCCGAGGACAUCACGGAGCGCAAGCCCAAGAUGAUCAUGACAGUGUUCGCGUGCCUCAUGGCGCUGGACUACAUCCCCGCCAUGGACGCGCCCGUGCAGGGUGAAAUGGACACAGUGGUGGCGGUGGCCCGCUCAGAACACACCGAGACCAUCGAAUCCACAACUGAAUACAUAACGAUUACCACCGAAAAGCCCGUGUUACCGCCAAAACCAGAAAAUCUUUCUCCUCUCCCUAGGUCAGAGUCUGUAUCGUUCGAGGAAUAAAACCAAAAAGAUUUCGUAAGUUAGUACAUUCAGCCAGUACAUUCCUAUUCAUUUGAAUUAAUAUAUUAUUUAUGACAAUAUUUUUUUGUAUUCAUGUUUAUAUUUUUUGUAAUUAAAACAUAUUAUGUACGUUAU